UCACAAUACAUACUUUCCAAUCUGGAGCCAACUUCCACCACUGUGCAGAACGCGCGUUUCGCCUAGUUCCUUCCUUGUCGCCCAUCAUGUCAGAUCGCGAAUUUAGUGCCAACGACGACUUGUCGCUACCUAAAGCGACGGUUCAAAAGAUUAUCACCGAGAUUCUACCACCCUCAUCCGGCCAGACUUUCUCCAAAGAUGCCCGCGAUCUCCUCAUGGAGUGCUGUGUCGAAUUCAUCACCUUGAUCUCCUCCGAGGCCAACGACAUCAGCGAAAAGGAAGCCAAGAAGACUAUCGCCUGCGAACAUGUCGAGCGCGCCCUCCGUGAUCUCGGUUUCAGCGACUACAUUCCCGAUGUCCUUGCCGUCGCGGAAGAGCAUAAAGAGCAACUGAAGUCGCGAGAGAAGAAGCAGAGCAAGAUGGAGCAGAGCGGGUUGUCCGAGGAGGAGCUUCUACGGCAACAACAGGAAUUGUUCCGCUCAGCUACCGAGAAGUAUCAUGCCGCUCCGGAGUGAGGGUCACGAGUUCUGGAUAUCCGGAAACGCAAAAAGUAAUGCGGUUAGUCUCAUGCUGGUCAUAGAGGGUCUGGUUUCGGAGUUUUUGAGACGUUUCCUACGACGGGGGCUUGGAGUUUGGGCGGUUAUGGUACUUUAACGCUUUAUACGAUUUGUGGGAAGGGGGCUUAUCUUUCUAUAUUCAUACUAUUUUCUAUAUUCUCUCGGCUGGGCAAGUCUUACUGAAAUACCUUAUACUAUUUAUUGAUGUGCAUGGCGGUACACGG